GGUAGAGGAAUCAUUGAUUGGUCACUUAAUUUAGCUGAGUUGUGUUCUUGGAGUGGGGAGGAUCCAUCUCUUAUCUUAUCCAGUUUAGCAUUUCCCCAAAAGAAGAGGCUGGAGAUCCUCCAUGUGGGAGCUGCAAGCAAAUUUGUCUUUUCGUUGGUGGCCUUGCGGCACGGGCGUCCGAUCGUGAUGGUAUUCCUUCUAAGAAAGGGGGCAAAAUUGUCUUUGUCAAAAAUAAAGGGGAAAUAUCGUCUUUGGGGAAAAGAAAUGAAAGUUGCCCUAGUCUUUGGCAGGGGAGGAUAAUGGGUAAUGGUGACAUUUGCCCGGCCCAAGUCUAAAAAACUUGGAUCAUGAAGUGUGCCCUAAGGGCUAGGUUAGGGCAACCACGGCCUCAGAAUAGCUGGAUCGAGCUAGGCGAAGGCCAAGUUCCAAUCGUUGACCCCGAUCACCCUUCAACAUCUUUAAAAGUGCAAGUGGCCGCAUGAUAUGAUCGCAUCUCUCUCUUCAGGACCAAUCGUUGACCCGUAUCACCCCUCAACAUUUUUAAAAGUGCAAGGGCCCGCCCUCAAUAAUCAUAUCAUGUAAGGGAAAGGGGGACGCUAUAAACUGUCCAAAACCCAAAAACCACCACCCACUGUGGGCUUCAAUGGAUCUUGCCCUCUAUGCCUACACCCUUCUCUCCAUCUGCAUCUUCAUCAUCAUCUCGGAGCAAGCCACUUACCUGCGAAAGAAGGGCUCCGCCCCCGGCCCCUACCUGGUGGUUCCGUUCCUCGGCAAUGCCCUCUCCAUGGUCCGCAACCCCACCGCCUAUUGGCAUGACCAAGCCUCCGCCGCUCUCUCCUCCCCUUUGGGCCUUUCGGCGAACCUCCUCUUCGGUCGCUUCGUCGUCUUUCUCAGAGACUCUGGCCUCUCUCAGAAGGUCUUUGCCAAUGUCCGUUCGGGCGUCUUCCACCUCAUUGGCCACCCCUUUGGCAAGAAGCUCUUCGGCGAGCACAAUCUCAUCUACAUGCUGGACCAUGCCCACAAGGACCUUCGCCGCCGCCUCGCUCCUAAUUUUACCCCCAGAGCUCUGGCUACCUACCUUCCAUUGCAGUCUCGAGUCAUUGUCUCUCAUCUCGUGGCUUGGGGGCAUCUCGCCAAUGCCGGAAAUGCCCCUUUGCCGAUCCCCCUCCGCCUCUUGUCUCGUGACCUCAGCCUCGAGACCUCCCAGACUGUGUUUGUCGGCCCGUAUCUUCCCCAGAACGAUCGAUUGGCCUUCAAGAAUGACUACAAUCUGUUCAAUGUGGGCCUCAUGAAGCUCCCAAUUGACCUUCCCGGGUUCGCUUUUUGGAGAGCGAGGCUGGCGGUAGGGCGUCUGGUGGACACCCUGUCCGGGUGCGCCGCCAAGAGCAAGGAGCGGAUGAGGGCUGGGGACGAGCCAUCAUGCCUCAUGGACUUCUGGAUGGCGGAGACUGUGAAGGAGAUUGCAGAAGCUGAGAAGGCUGGGAUGCCGGCCCCACCGGACUCUAGCGACAGAGAGGUGGCGGGUCAUGUGUUCGACUUCUUAUUUGCCUCCCAAGACGCCUCGACCUCGUCAUUGUUGUGGGCUGUGACUCUGCUCGAUUCUCACCCGGAUGUGCUAGCCCGGGUACGUGAGGAGCAGGCCAAGGUGCGCCCGACAGGGUCCCUCGACAUCACCCUCGAUCAGCUCAGAGAGAUGAAAUACACUGAGAUGGUGGCCAAAGAAGUCGUGAGGAUCCGCCCCCCUGCCACCCUUGUCCCUCAUGUCGCCGCCUGUGAUUUCCCCAUCACCGAAGGCUACACGAUCCCAAAGGGUACAAUUGUUUUCCCCUCAGUUUACGAGUCAUCCUUCCAGGGGUUCACAGAGCCAGAGAAGUUCGACCCCGACAGGUUCUCAGGGGAGCGGCAGGAGGACCAAGUUUUCAAGCAGAAUUGGCUACCCUUCGGAGCCGGGCCGCACCAUUGCAUCGGACAGAGGUACGCGCUCAACCAUUUGAUGCUGUUCAUAGCUGUUUUUUUUACUGUUUUCGAGUUUCGGAGGCACAAAACGCCGGGGUGUGAUGAGCUCGCGUAUGUUCCCACCAUUGCUCCCAAGGACGACUGCCUGGUUUAUCUCUCCUUUAGGAAGGAUUUCAUCCUUCCUAAAUACACAGCUUAAACGGAGAAGCCAUUAAAGCAUUUCCAACUUUGAUUCAUUCCUUCUGUUAUUCUGUCUUGUGCUAUGUGUGGUUGAUCUCCUACUUCUUUGUCGGAUUGGUGAAACAACUCUGUAUAGAUUGAUAGGAUUCUUUGGCUGGAAAUUGAAAAAAAAACAAAAAAAGUGAGAGGGGAGACACUGCAAAUAACAUUUGGUGGUCCAUGAGGUAGCAUUUGAGUGUUGGUGUCUUUUUAGUUGUUCUUCGCUUAUUCCCUUCCUUUUCA